UGAAGCGUGAAUACUCACUACCUAGUGAGUAUAAUGUUAAAGAACUGUACGAGUGAAGAAGGCGGUAACGCUAGUGUCACGAAGGUUUUUUAUAGUACUUACUAUUACGGAAAGGUGGGAUACAUUAAACCUACAACAUGAUGGAGCCAAUGCAUCUACUUACCAUGUCGAAGGUGUCAUCCACCCGAACGACGCUUAGCUAUCUAGGAGAAAGGUUGUGCAAGGAAUUAUAUGUAGAACGCACUUUCGAGGAAUUAGAUCAGUAUGACACGACCAAAAUGCAAACAAAUUUCGAUAAUACGGCGUUGAUCGCAGGCAACGCUCCUGUGCAACCCCCUUAUCCGAAUCAUUUCAAUCAGGCUGUAGCAGAACCUACUACCUUGAUUCGACCGGGAUAUGGGGGAAGGCAAAGUGGGAUCCUCGGCGGUGUGUCACAAGCUUUUUCGCGACCAGUAAAAAUAUUCUCGUAAAAUGACAGCAUUCCGAUUCCAAGGUUGUAGUAGGCGUUCGUAUGAUAUCUCCCAGUAAAAGUAAUAAAGCAACAACUCACUUUUUCUACAUCAACAAAAAAGGCAACUUUACAUUUGAUCAGGGAUCGGUGAACGAACUCGACAGAACAGUGCUAGGCACGAGUAAUUAUCGGGUACCGGUGAACCAGCUUGGACCAUUAGGCAAUUUUUUCUCGACGCAAGUCGGAGGCGCAUCAGCAUCUCAGGACUUGGAUAGGACUACGCUUUUCCCUCCAAUUGCAGCUACUUCUAGUCAGCCGAUCGAACAACGCUCAGGUCGCAAAGUCCAUUUUUUCCCCUGUUUCUGUGCCUGCCUCGAACCAUCAGAGAUUGAUGGGAGGACCGAGUUCCGCGUCUAUGAAUGAGGGUCCGCUAAUCGCUUGCUUUGCGACCCUAUUUGUAAAGUACUGGUGAACGCAGCGCAAGUGCAGAGUAGAUAUUUGAAGGGCACACGGUUCCCAUUGAAACGUGUAAUUUUGGCAGCGUGAUGAGCCUUUAGACCGGUUCCGAGGUUACAUACGAGGCGGACCAUGAUGCCGUAUGCAUUUUUUGAUAGUUUUGUCUUUUUUCGACUGUAGGGAGUGGAAUAGUGUUCACUCUGGAAUUGCAGCUCCAAACGGGACUGAAAGUCGCAGCCUCAUAU